AUGUCUACUGCUGAGGAGCUCUUGAGGGAUUUUGAAUCGGACGACGAGGACUUCCAGGCGGGCGAGGGAGUCGAGGAGGAUGUGGACGAAGAGCAGCAGCACCUACAAAAAGCUGGCUCUGAGGUCACUAAUGAGUUCGAGGUCGCCCUCUCCACCGGUGACGAGCUUACUCGCCUACACAAAGUUUUACGCGACCACUACUCGGUCAGAUUUCCAGAAUUAGAAACCCUUGUUACGAGUCCGAUCGACUACGCGAAGACAGUCGGUAUCUUAAAAAAUGGCCCGCUCAACGAUAUCAAAGCUAUCUCCUCGUCGGCCGACAAUAUGGUCGGCGAGCCGUUGAAGUCUAUAUUGGAUGGCCCCUCAUUGAUGGUCGUUUCUGUGGAGGGUACCACCACCAGAGGCCGUGAAAUGACCGAGUCGGAAUUGAAGACGGUGCUCGAUACUUGCGAGCGGAUUUUGAAGUUGGAUCGAGAGCGGAAGGCGCUUACGGAAAGCAUCCAGUCUCGCAUCACGCAGAUCGCCCCCAAUCUAGCCGCCUUGAUCGGGCCAGAGACAGCAGCUCAGUUCCUUAACCAGACCGGAGGACUACGUGAACUCGCUAAGAUCCCGGCGUGCAAUCUGGGUGCUCAAGGCAAUAAGAAAACCGAAGGGCUAGGCUUUGCUACGAAUAUUGGCGUCAGAUCGCGGGGAUUUAUCUACAAUUCGGAACUGAUACAGGGUGUCCCGGAUGACCUGAAGCGCCAGGCAAUCCGUAUUGUCUCAGCUAAGAUGGUCCUUGCUACCCGUGCGGAUGUAUCCAACUUUAGCCCCGACGGAUCGCUAGGCGAAGAUCUGAAACAACAAUGCUUCACGCGGCUAGAGAAGCUGACGGAACCUCCUCCGAAUUCUGGAGUGAAGGCGCUCCCUGCCCCCGAUGACAAGCCAGCCCGCAAGCGAGGUGGUAGAAGAGCUAGAAAGGCCAAGGAAGCAGUUGCUAUGACAGAGAUUCGCAAGGCCCAGAAUCGGAUGGCCUCGCAGAAUGAUGGACGGGUUCGAGCAACUCAGAUCGAUAACAGGACCCGAGCCAAACUCAGCAAGUCGAACAAAGGCUGGGGAACCGCGACACCCGCCAGUGGCACCGCUUCGUCUCUCCGUGGGUUCAGCUCUGGGGUUGGAGGAACGGCAAGUGUUCUACAAGCCAAAGGGCUUCGCUCUUCCGGCAUUGGUACUUCGCUGGGCGGCAGCGGUACGGCUAGUACCAUUGCCUUUACGCCCGUGCAGGGACUUGAGCUCGUUGACCCCAAGGUGCAAGCAGAGUUAAGCCGUAAACGUAAGGCAGAGGAAGACCGAUGGUUCAAGUCGGGUACUUUCACACAGGUUGGCGGUAGCCAAAGCCACAAUAACUCUUCGCAGAAGGAUAACGGAGGUUUCAAGGUGCCACCGAUUCCUCCACAGAAGAAGGUCGAUACAGGCAAUGGUAAGAUGGGCCCUCCGCCGUUGCCCCUAAAGCGAUAG